AUGACACUGGAGGUUGCAUAUGCCCAUCUUGAGGCCAGGCUGGAAGGUGGUGAGGCUGUUACCAAGCUGGCCGCCUGGGAAACCUCUGAUAAUAUAGUCCCUUUUCUAUUUGCCAUUAGUGACAGUACUAUCCCACGCCUCACUCUCCAUAAUGGGCCAAACCACUGGGCACUCUCAGUCCAUGGUGUCAAUGCAGCCUUGACAUUGCACUUUACCAGAGGUAACACUACGGAAGCAAAGGUUCUGUACAAGGCGAUCGGCAGAAUCGCUUACAAACUGGUACAGACGACAAUCUGGGGCUACCAUAUGAAUGGUAUGGCUAUUUCAUUGUGGAGUAGCCUGGCGCCUAACCAGAGAAACAUUCUAGUUAGAAGCAUCGAAGAGAGGGCAUCCAGGAGGAAUAUUCCUAUUGGAAGGUUUGAAAAUUCCUGGGUGGAGAUCUGCCAUCUUCCAUGGAAGAACUUGAUAACAUGCAAUACCGAGUUUUAUAGAUGA